AACCAACAACCAUGGAGCCAACAACCAUGGAACCAACAACCAUGGAACCAACAACCAUGGAAUCCACAACCAUGGAACCCUCGACCAGCACAACCAUGGAACUCACAACCAGCGCAACUUUGGAACACACAACCAGCACAACCGUUGAACCAUCGACCAGCACAACUAUGGAACCCGCAACUAACACAACAUUUGAACCAUCGACCAGCACAACUAUGGAACCUACGACAAGCACAACCAUGGAACAAACACCCAGCACAACCAUGGAACCCACAACCACUUCAACCAUGAAACCCACGAAAAGCACAACCAUGGAACCCAUAACCAGCACAACCAUGGAGUCAACGACCAGUUCAAUCAUGGAACCAACAACUUUUGAGAUGGAUAUAGGAUCCGAAAUCAGUUGUGAUAAUACCGUUAUUGCUCAGUGUAUUGUUAACUCUAUAGGGGCGUCGCCUUUCUACUCUCAGAUGCUGGAAGCGUCAACCACUGGAGUGUUUCCCCAGCUAUCUUCUAUUGAACUGGAGGAGUUGUGCAUGUCAGUUGGCGCGUUAGACACUUGUCUGGAGGUAGAAACCCAAGGUUGCACUGGAGCACACUUAUUACAAUACACCUCCCUGCGACAUACUUUUAACUAUGUCUGUGGAUCAGGAAAACAAGCCUUCCUGCAAACGGCUGAAUGUUUCGCCGAACCCGAUAUUGUCACUAACACACAAGCAUGCCUCAUGGAACCAACACAGGAAAUCAGCUCCCUCGUUUCAAUAAUAGCAUUUAGUCCGGAUUUAUUCCUGGAAUCCCAACGACUGUGCAGCUUGCUGCAGACUACCACAUAUUGUUUCGUUAACGCCGCUAGUAACCACUGUUCACGCGAACAAGCUGUGUCGGUCCUCAGAUAUAUGAGCAAUGUGAUAGAGCCAACAAGGAGAUUCUUUGCCUGUCUUCUAGAUGAAAUCACUCUUCCACCAGUUGUUGAAGAUAUGACCACCGAAUGGACAACAACCGAACCUGCUCCUACAACUGAGAAAACAACAUCGGCAGAAGUUACAACCACUGAACCUGCUCCUACAUCUGAGAAAACAACAACGGCAGAAUCUACAACCACUGAACCUGCUCCUACAACUGAGAAAACAACAUCGGAAGAAGCUACAACCACUGAACCUGCUUCUACAUCUAAGAAAACAACAACGGCAGAAUCUACAACCACUGAACCUGCUUCUACAACUGAGAAAACAACAUCGGAAGAAGCUACAACCACUGAACCUGCUUCUACAUCUGAGAAAACAAUAUCGGAAGAAGCUACCACAACCGAAAAACAUACCACAACCGAACAGCCAAUGACUACAAAAGACGUUUCCACAACCGAACAAGCUACAACAACUGUAGAAUCAAUAAAAACCGACCAGACAAUGACAACUGGACAAAGUACAACAACUGAAAGGUCAACAACCACGGAAGACAUUACAACUUCUACACUGAACCCAUUCAUAACUUCUCCGGAAACGACCACAGCGUCUAUGCCAAUGGAUGAGCCGAAAUUAUGUUUCAACUGUCGUUAUCACGGUCGGUUCGACUUCAAAAAAGAGGAAAUUGCAGAGAAGGUAGAUCAAUAUUGCAUUGCCAACGGUUACAGGGGAUUCUGUCCAAUCGAUACAUGCAGGUGUAUUGAUCCAGACACAGAAGUCCUUGUACCCGUGUGUGAAGUGCGAGGUCUUUACCGACGUGUGGCAGGAUAUAAGGAAUGGUGUGAACGUAUGUGUCACCAAGGUUACUGCAAGAUAGACCCGUGCGAUUGUCAUAUGGAACCCCGAAGAUCCGAUAACCAACUGUCUCCGGCUUAAAUAAGUAGCAACAGAGACUUUAUCACCCAUUAAAUAUUAAUUAUCAAGGAUCAGUAUUUAAAAUGUACAAAACUUAAACCGCUUUUUUUGUAACGAGUACGAGUGAAUGAUAUCAUAUUUAGUAGUAUUUCUUAGAAAUCCAUAACUUAAUUUUUUCAGCUGUUGAUCAGCUUUAUUUAUUCAUUUUUCUCGUUUUUUAUAAUUUAUUGUGUUGUACUUGUAGCGUAGAGUUGCUCAUAACUUAACAGGAAUGACAGAUGACAAGAUGUCAUCAUCCGAACAAUCUGAUACACAAAUCACUACUUAGCUUUAUGUCAUUUGAAUAUCCUGAUGUGCCCAUCAUCAUCAUGUUUUUUCGGUGUUUUUACCGAACGUGCAUGCUAGUUUGCAAAUGCUAUUGUGAAAUAAUUAAAUGGUUAACUUGUCUACAUAAAUAGAUUACAAAUUCAUGACUCAAAUUGGAUUACUUUUUCACUUGAUAUUGUCUGGAUUAUAUAUGUUUAUGUUUUAUAAUGACUCAACUGUUAAUUUAAACAUGGUUAUUGCGAAUAAAAUUUCUAUAUUUUUA